AUAUCCGAGAGGAAAGGACCGACGAAAGUAAUUCAGGGAAAGGGGGAAACCAACAAACGCAAUCCCCCUGUCGCCUCCAACUCCCUGGUUGUAUCAGAGAAUAUGUGGAUGAACUUGUCCUCGCCGUGUCGGCAGCAGCGAGUCCUACCGUCCGCAUGAGCUCAAACCGUGUGAAGUUGUGGAUUUACCGCUGCGUGUUUCUGACCCGGCGGUGGAACAGCUAAGGAUGGAGACUUUGCAAAGAGGCGCUUAACUUGCGACAGGAUGCAUUUAAGAUAUGACAGAUUCGUCUGCUAAACACCACUGAGAGAACUUCAAAGUCUUAAAGUGACAGUGACACAGACCGCCGAGAGAAAAGCGGAUUUCCCCAAGAACCUAAAGGACUUGAUAAACACUACCACACAAAUGUGGACCUCCCAAAACAUUGUCAUCAAAUAAUCUGACAACACAAACACAACUGAUAUAACACAAAUAAUUUUGUAGCCAUGUCUGACCAUAAAGACAUGACACAUCGCCACUUGAAGCACAAGCUGCAGAGUCUUGGCCGAAGACUGGAUGAACUGGAAGAAGCAACCAACAAGCUGCAGAAGUCUGAGGAUGAGCUGCUUGACCUGCAGGACAAAGUAAUCCAGGGAGAAGGCAGCAACUCAUCCUUGCUUGGAGAUGUGGAAGACCUGAGGAAACGUCUCCUAAAAAUCCAGGGUAAGGAUGAAGAGGUACGCAAAGCUGAGGAUCUCUGCCGCACAGUCAGAGAGAAACUGGAAGAGGAGGAAAGCCUGACACAGGCGCUAAAGGCAGAGAUUGAACGUCUACAACGGAGGAUGGCCGAACUGGAGAAACUGGAAGAAGCUUUUGGGAAAAGCAAGUCUGACUGCAGCCAGCUCUGCCUAAGCCUCAAUGAGGAAAAGAACUUGACCAAGAAGCUCUCGUCUGAGUUGGAGGCCCUCAAAGCACGUUUGAAGGAGGUGGAGGGGUCUGAGACAAAGCUGGACAGAGCAGAGCAGGCUUUGGCUAUGGAGCUUGAGAAACUCAAAGGAUUCACCCAGACCUUUAUGAGUGAGCGUAAGAGGCUACAAGAGAAGCAGAGGGAGGACGAGAAGAUAAUUCUGAAGCUGACAGAAAAAUUGGAGCACCAGAAAAAUCGCCUUGUUAUGUCGGCAGACCCUGGUCGUGCAGAUUUCAUGAGGUCACGAAUUGAGGAUGAGCUUUCAUCUACGGGGCUCCUCACGAGCAAACUGGCUGGACGCAAGAAGAGCCUUGAGUACUUGAAGCUUGCUGAUGACAACAUCGGUCUUGUGAACAAAUCUGAAAAUGAGAAGAACAGCGGUCUUGAAGGCUCGCAGGAUGAGGACAACAAAGUUAAGGAGCUGACGCAGGAAGUAGAGAGGCUGAAGAACCGCCUUAAACAGCUGGAGAUAGUGGAAGGGGAUCUAAAGAACUCGGAGUCUAAAAAUGGCGAGCUGCAAGAGAAGUUCCAGAUGGAACGAAACCGGGCUCGGCAACUGAGCGAGCAGGUGGAACAGCUCAGGACGCAGCUGUGUGGAAAGGGUGGAAUUGGAAGAAAUGGAACCAGUAAUGUGGAUAAGCACGGUAAUGGAAGCACUAACAUCCCCGCUAAGGUCCUGGAGAAUGGCAAAGCUGAGAAUGAAGAGAUUAUUGUGAAAGGAGGUUUCAGACAAGAGAAGCCCAAAUAUAGGAGUGCUGCAACUGUCUCAGAGCCGAGUUCCCCCAAACAUAGGGCCAGGGAGCUCUCUCCUCAACAUAAGAGAGAGACCAAGCUGCGGAGCAAAGAGCCAAGCCACUCGGAGGAGUGCUCUCCUAAGUCUGUGAGGAGAGCCCUCAGUCCUGCUCACAAGAGUAGAAGGACACCCAAAACUCCAACUACUGCGGUUUCAUCUGAUAAUGGAAUAAGAGACACAGGACGAGGAACUGAGGAAAAGAUGAGAGGAGCCAUGCCAAGCUCUGUAAGCGCAUCCUCUGUUGAAAUUAAGAAAGUGCCUGUUCUUAGUCGCUACCCUCCAGCAGCUAAUGACAAGAAGCCACUGAGGACAGCGCACAAACAGGCGGACGGGGAGAAUAAAAAGAGCAGAGUAGAAAAGUUUUCAAAAUUGUACGUAGGUAGUGAUAGUGAAUCAAACAACUCUGAUGUAGUGCCUGACAAUUCCAGUAACAUCAACAGUAUCUCUGCUUUAGAGAAACGCACAGUGUCUGCCUCGGAUCAGGAAUCAACAGACCUUGUUCAGGAAUCGGUCUCUGCAUCUGUUGCCUCUACCCUGUCAAAAGCCAAUGGCUCCUACGCAGCCUACAGCUCCCAAAUCCCUCCACUGCUGUCCAGCGACCAGGGAUCAGAGGGUCAUUCAUCUGCCUCCGAAACAGAAUCUACUGGUUCAAGGCCCUCUGAACCUGAGCCUGUAACUGAUCUGACUACUUCAACUGUAAGCAGUAGGACUGCAACCUCCAAAUAUCCUAGAUACUCCCAUGUCCAUGACUCUCAUUCAGAGGGUUCUUCUUCCAGGAGCUCGUUUGAUGAGGAGCUACACAACAGAACACUGUUAGCUGAGGGAGGCCACCAGGGGCCAACGCAUACUGCGUCAGGGAUUGAGAUUCAGCGAGUGUGCAGCCCACGUGAGGCGCUGAGGUCCAAAGCUGUCAUCAAGCCGGCGAUCGUCGAGAUUGACAGGAAGGAAGUGAUGAUUUCGGAACCUUUUUCUACAAAUGGAAAACCCAAAAUCUCCACCAAACCUAUGGUGACAACCACUAGUAAAAUGACCAGUAGUAUAACCAUCUACCCCAAUGACCCAAGCUCUUCCAGAACCAGCAGCCGCAGCAGCAGUGUGUCCAGUGAACACAUUGGGAUCAAAGAACGCCACACUUCCACCAGUAACAUCCUCAUUGGCCCCAGCAGUGAGCACCAUGGCAGCAUCUCCGUCCCGUAUGAGAUCUCCAUUCCCAAAAGUGAGAUCACCUUGCGGUCGUGCCAGCAAGACCAGGACUGUGGGGUGGACGACCCGAGUGAUUCCUCAUCAAGGUCCAAACACCACAACGCGUCCAGAUUGGAGACUACCACCAGCCACCUGUGCUGCCAACGCGGCAACUUUAGCCUCCAGUCCCCGGACACCACCUCCGCAGACAUCAACGACACAGAGUCAGGCUUCGAAAGCAGCAGCAGUAGCACCACCACAGUCACCAGCUGGAGACACCAAAGACAAAGCCAGCACUCUCAAGAAGACAGUUUACCAGAAAUGAAGAAUGUGACUGUGAGAAGCACCUGGAAGAACCGGGGCACGGCGUCGGUGGACGAGACAGGCCGGGGAAGAGGGGGUGCAAGGACGAUGGCUGAUGGUGGGUCGGAGGAUGAAGCAGAAACCUCAACAACGUGGAGGGCUUACCGGGCAACCACCUUUGAUACAGAAGAAAUGCUGAACAGCGGAACAGGAGCUUGUGGGAAUGCUGAGGCACACAAGCCAUCCCCUGCAGAGGUGUACAUGCGUAGGAUCAACAGUGGGGUUGCUAACCCCAGAGAAGGUGAUGAAUCAGUGCUUCGCCGAGGCAAACAAUCAGAGUCUCCCACCAUGGAAGCACGAGGCUUGGGACGGAUCGUACCCCACACACCUGUAACCUCUCAGUCCUGGGGCCGAUCCUACACACAACAACCACAGGCUGAUGGCAUAGAGCCCAGUCCAAACCCGAGCCACAGCCCAGCCUCCUGGAGGCGGCAGCUACCCAGCAGCGACUCCCACCACCUGGGGAGCUCUUAUGACCGGGCAUCCAGGACAACGGGGGCCUCCUCCAGAGGAGAUCUGGGGUCCAGUCGGGAUCAAGGGUCAGGGGCCAGAGCCGAAGGGAGGAGCAGACCGUGGAACCAUCGUCCCUCUGAGCAUCAUUAGACCAGCUGGGUCUCAGCAGGAACUCUACAGCAAGCAGACAGGACUCCAUUAAGCUCUCAAUGGCACCAGAUGGGCCAAACAUCCAUCUCCCAUCAACUAAUGGCUUCCAUCAUCUCCAAAAGUCAACAUCUACAGCUUUUAUAGCAAGCAAAGAAAAGAAAAAUAGCAGUUGCAGCCAUAUAAAACAACAAACCACAGACCUGACAUCCUUCACUCUGACCCUGAGUGUACGCUGAGACGUGAACAGCUCUUCCUAUCCGGAACUUUCUCUGUCCCAAAAGAGGCAUAAAUGGAAAGACAGUGCGUGUACAGUGUUUUGGAGGUCGCCUCACCAGCCCAUGUAUCCUCUUCUGCUUCUUGUGUUGGAUGUAUUAUAGUGUAAUCCCGGAACUUGACAAGGGAGAGGCUGGCAUGCUGGGGACGGCUGGGGAUUUUCCUGCGUGCCAGAAAGGGUUUAAAGAGAGUUUUAGAGAAAGAAGGACUCAAACGUUGAGCAUGCCUUUCCCAGAGGACCAUCGCAGUGACCGCAAUAAAGCUGGAUAUAUCGCUUCUGCAUCAGCAUUUCAACCAUCACUGAAAAAAACAACAACCCAAUCUUCAAUCAACAACAGUACAAUGUUUCAGAUGCAUCUUCAUCUCACAGGGCUGGCUGUUCAUGCAGAAUUCUUCACAAACUAAAGGAUCUUUUACCUUUUUUGUUUAAUGUGACCAAAAACAGGAAGCGAAUUACCCGUCUUUGCUGACUCGUACCAAGAUAUUUGCUUUUUCUUACAUAUUUGCUUUGAUGGCCAGAUGUGUGUGUUUUGUUUUCAGAUUUUCUCACACAUAAAUUCCCAAAACCAUACAAACGCAUGCGCAUUUUUAAACUAUUUUAUUUUAAACCCGUGUCACCGCUUUCUGGCAUGCGGCCUCAAACUGGAUUUAAUUUAGGGUCUUAGAUGUCGAGCGAACAUUUGCAUGUUUCUAAGUAAUAAAUGAAGAGCACUGGAAAGAUUGUGACUCAGCAUGCGCUUAAGGAUUGCUGGUUGGCUGCGUUUAAGGAGCGCACACACACACACACACACACACACACACACACACACACACACACACACACACACAUUAGUUCUGACUGACCAGGACCUUAUUUAUGCUUUUUGCCAUUUUCCCCAGGUAUUUUGACUCUUUGUAAUUCGCUUCCUGUUCUGCAUUGUCCUUUCCCUUUUUGCUCUACCAUAUCAAGACAAACAAAUUGUAGUUUGCAUGCAAUGAAAUGCAAUGCACAUGUAGAAAAUAAUAAUUGGGAAGGAGGGUUCUGUUUAUAACCUCAAACCAUGCUAACAAUUUCCAUGGUGCUUUGUCUUACAGCUGUUGCAAUUGUCCUCAUUCAUGUAUUUUGAGAGAGCCAUAGCAAAAUGGAGUUUCUGUUUUAACUGAACAUUGGACUUUGGAUUACCAGCAAACCUUGCCUGGCAAGGCAGACAUUGCUGCUGUUGUAAAUACUGUGUACAUGCCAGCCAGUCAUAGGAAGACGAGAGACUCCUAACCACAAGGAACUGACCGUUCAGCUUGUAUGUGACUGGGUUCGCCGUGCGAAUCGUCCCAGCUUAUCUCCAUUUCUUAUUUCUAUAGAGGUGUAUUAUUUUGUUACAUCAUAAAAAUAUCAACUUGUGGUUGGUGUGUUGGAGCAAUUUGUCAUUGGCGGGUGCCACUGCAGCAAUGGGGGUGCCAUAGAAACAAAUUUAAUAGAGGCCAGUAAUAAAAUAAGGUUUUCAUUGAGCUAAAUGGUGCAUAUCUAUGACGGGAACAAUAACUUUUAACAGGCUCCUGUUGGACUUUAACAACAUUUAUUGCAGUAAGACAGGCGAUGCAAACUUUGAUCCCACAACAAAAUGUAUGAAUGUUGCUUUUGAAUGCAGCUGAGAAUGACCAAUUGCUUGACGGCUUGAUUUCCCCCAAAUCCAAAAUAACUGGUUAUCUGACAAGAUCAUGGAACCAUAACUGUGACGAUUUGGGACACAUGAAAUCUGUUGAAGAACUUGGGAGCCCCACCUGGUUCCUCUGCUGUUAUGGAUUUUAGCGCUGUGUUGAGUCGGACCCUGCUCGGGGUGGCCCGUUUCAGUUUCGGUGCAUUUCUCAGUUCUCCUGUAUUCUACCAGUCGUCAUCUAGCUGUAAUAUUUAUUAGUUUCCAUACAUGUACAGGUUCUUUUAUCGACCAGUCUGUCGCCGCUUUGUCACUUUACUCUUUAUGCAAGCAGGAGAUUAUAUGCAAUCAAAAAACUGCCCCCCCAUGCAAUGACUGUAACUCCGUCAUGCUGUACAUACAGGUCGGUGAUAACUCCAAACUAAAAUGAUUGUUUACCUUCAGAAUGCACAUUUUCACUAAUGUUCAUUUCCAUUACUUUUACUCUUUGUUAAAAAAAAAUACAAAUAAAAUAUUCAUCAGAAAGUUCAUCUGUGCCUUGAGAUGCAGUAAGAGAUGUAGAUUGUCCCAAUACAUUCUGACUUUCAGCAUAUUCUUCCUCUUGCUGUGCAUAUAAAUGACACGCAUUACUGAUUGUGAGGUUUCUUUUCUUUUUAUAUAUAUUUCUUUUUUUUCUUUUUUCCUUUUAGCGGAUUGUUGUAUGGAACAUCGUAAAAGUAUUUUGGUUCAGGCGUAAGAAGAGGUUCUCAGAGGGAACUCCUCCCUGAGGGAUGUCAAAGCAAAGUUUCCUGAGAAAAAGAUUUUUUCCUAGCCCAACUUCAAAGUACCCUCUUAAAGAAUAUAGACCACACCGCCCAAAAAGCUAUGUCCUUUGGAUUUGUGUGUCAGAGUUGCUGGGUCGCAGCGCAGCCUCAGAAAGGAUUGCCAUGUGGCCUCUUCAUGGCCACUGCUGGCUUUAUGAUAGAGCGAAAACAGACCAGACACACAGUUCAGUGCUCUUAGUGCACAUGCCAAGACUGGAUGAUCAUAUAGUCCUUCUGUGCUUUCUCUGUUUUUGUUUCAACUAGCAUUUUUCUCAUUUUACCAAGAGAGGAAUGCCAUCUUUUCCCCAAUCUCUCAUCUUUUCAACUUAUUCCAAUUUUCCUUUUAGUAUUUUAUAGAAGUCAAAUGUCCUUGCCUCCCCCUUUCCUCUCAUCCUCCUUCUUCCUCUGUUUCUCUGCAUCUUCCUUGGAUUCUCAUUUCCUAAAGGGAAAGCUUAGCUCCUAAACAGCAGUGAUAUGUGUUGUUGGUUCAGAGAGUUGUUUUAUUGAAGGCCUGUCACCCGACAGUGAUGGGCAGCUCCCUGGGUAGCUGAAAGGUCAGAGGUCAGGGCUGCAUCUAAUCCUGUCUUGACUCUGGGCUUCUAAAUACAGGACAGAGGAAGAGCGACAGCUUGGCAGUUAGGGGUAAUUAAAACAGACGAAGGUAUCGAAUGUCCAGCUCAGCCUGCGCUCAUGCUGCCAGAGAUACACGAGGUGUGGUCGUCCGUGUGUGUGUGUGUGUGUGUGUGUGUGUGUGUGUGUGUGUGUGUGUGUGUUUGUUGUUGUUGUUGUUGUUAAUGUCAGUGAGGGCUCUCGUUUUAAAGCCGGACAUGUGAGCUGGUGUGGUGUUAACUGCUGCAUAUCCCCGAGUAAGAAGGCGCUGACUGGCAAAUGUGCACGUGUGGGUUUCUUUCAAGGCUGACAUCACUGUGGGUCAGGAUAACUGUAUAUAGCAAGUCGGUGAUGCAAGUGCUAACACAGAUGCCCUCCGCAACCUUUAUCCUGCCUUACUUCCCCCAUGUGUCACCCGUUUCCCUCCGCCCAAUAAAUAAUAGUCUUACAUGCAGACAAUCCUCCAGUUUCACCCGUCCUCACUGCAUACUGUGCAACCUCUAUCAUUUGUCUCUUUCACUUUCCUUCACUCUUCAACCUUCCUUACCUUCUGCUCUUAAACCCGUCUCCCCUCCCCUCCCCCUGAAGAGAGCAUUUGAGUCUGGGGUCCCAGGAAGAGCCCAGCUGUCGGAAACUGUACGUUUUUAUGACACGUUGGAGGCUUUCCCUCCUGGAGUCUGUCUUCAAAGAAAGCAAGGCUUUUUAAAGGGCAAAGUUGAAACUCCAUCCUCUGCUAUGCAUGAUGCCUUCCUUCCUUACAAGGCCCCAAAGUACACUAACACCCAACUGUACCUCCACUCUGUCCAUCCUCUCCGAACCAGGAUGAAGACCACUUUAAGCUUCUACCGUCCGAUGUGUGUCUUGGGCUACAUGCCACUACUCGCGUGGUAUAGGUCGUAUUCGUUGCUUCCAGUAGGCGAGAGCCUGUAUAGUGUUGACAUGGUGGAAUGCGUUGACUGGUCAUCUGGGACUCAAGUGAAGACAUUACAGGUUUCAAGACUUCUAUAGCUUAUAAAGAAACAGCUGGGGACUCUUUCAGAGGUUUGGUCAGUUCCUUUCCUCCCCUGAAUAAUGGCAGUUUUGCAGAACAUUUAUCGAAUGAGAGAAACGGUAUAAUAUCUGCUGCUGGAGCAAAAAUAUUUAGGACAUGGCUGUGAACGAUGUGAUGGAAUAUUCCUACAAGGUCAACAGGUGGUUAAGCAGUGGAGAGAAAAGUUUCUGCUUCCGCUUUCCUGCUCAAACACCAACUAAAGAGUUAACAGAAAUCCUCUUAAGCUCUGGUGGGUUAUGUGUAAACAUCCGUUAUUUACAAGUCAUUGUUUUUUCCCUUUUUAUAAAGUAGACUAGAAUGUACUUAGUGGAGAUUGGAGUUGCGAGGCAGAAAUGGCUUUCGGGCAGCGAGCAGGCCCUUGUCCUCAAAGGCCUCCAUUGUGAAGCCAGGGUCAUGGUGUCAUUGGGUGGCGUAGGCUGUAAUCUGCACUUAACCAGCACUUAACUUUAAGACCUCAAACGACUAAUGCCCCCUUAGUCCCCUUUUGUCAAAAGGUUUCCUCUUUUGUGUCCCAGAAUUGUGUUUUAACUCUGUUUCAGUAGCUGUUUGCUGAAUGUACCACAGGCAGAUAUGUUGUGUUUUUGCACCAGCCAAAUUGGAGUAUUUAAGAAUCAUGUCACCAGUUUAAGAAAGGAAAUUGGCGUGCACUCAGUGAAUGAAUAUUUGUUUGAGGUAAUGGCACCCGUCAUCUCAGCCUUCUUACAUUGUGCCAAAAUCAUUCCACAGUAUUUACGGUUUACAGUUGGAGACGGUGCCAACGCUUCCCUAGAUGGUCACCUUGUCUCUAAAAUACUGAAAUUAAGGGGAAAUAUUCAAUUUGAGGGUUUUCUUUUUUUUUUUUUUGGUUUUCUGCUUAAUUGUGUUUUUAUUUCUUUGUUAAACAAAAGAUGUCUUAUUUUGGAAGCUAUAUCGGAUAGAUUUUAUUUAAGGAAACUCUUGUAAUUUUGUAAAGUGGGCCUUAUUAUUGAAAUAUAUUAAGUAUUUGUCCAACUUGAUUUUAAGAACGAUAUUUUUUUGCAAGAUAAUGUAUCUUCCUCGUUGUUAUUACACUCCUGGAGAGUACUUCUUCCUGUAUUUUGUGUUUGUUAUUUUUAUGCAAGACAUUUCUCACGACCUGGAGACAUGAUGGCACGGCACGGACCAGAGAGAAGCCAGGGUUGUGUCAUAGUCAUUGAAGAAUGAGAGCUAUGUGCAUUUUAUCAGAGCUGAGCAGGUUUGCAGUGCUGAGUGAUUCACCAUGUGUUGUCCAGUUUUUAUCUCGGACCAUUCAGCGCUACGGCCUCUUCGCUGCUCUAUCCUCCCUCGCUCUUAAAUUCAGGGUUUGUACAUCUUCUGUGCUGUGUGCUGCCAAAGAAAGAAUCGUGCAGGCCCCAGACACGCAUGUAUAUAUAAACGCACACAAAUAAUCUAAUAGGAUAUUUUUUUGUUUUUGUUAAACAUGUAACUGGAUCUGAUCUCUUUUACACGCAUACAUGCACAGAUACAAGAAUUUCAGGCCUGUACAAUCAGCUGUUUUAUUUUAUUGCCGAGUGUUUAUAAGUUCAUUUUGUGUGCAGGAGAAGGAGACAGAGUUGUCAAACACAAAACUGUAUGUAAUGAAAUCAGAUCAAAAGGGUUUUAUGAUUUAUUAUUGCUUCUCAGUGUGUCAGCAAUGCCAGGUGGACUGUGUGGGAAGGCUUUUUCUUUUCUGUUUUAGACUUAAUACAUUGUGCAUGUUUUAACCUUACUGUGGCUGGCGCACUCUGCAUGUAGGUCUCUUGAAGCUGCCAACUGUACAGCAGACCAUAUGUAUUCCAAUAAAAAUAAAAACCAACCUGUUUGUAACACGU